AUCGGUUAGUCUCUCCCCUCUUCACGGUGAUCAUAUCGUUGUAGCGGCAGCGAUCCGAGCAGCGCAAGAGAUCAGCUAUCGAGGAGGGAAGAAGAAGGAGAGGAGAGCGGAGCAGAAAUGGGGGGCGGCAUGGAGGUCAACAAGAACAAGUACAUCGAGGACUGGAACGCAGCGAGGGAGAACCUCGAGUUGAACUUCCGCUGGACCCGCCGCAACCUCGCCCUCAUCGGCAUCUUCGGCCUCGCCGUCCCCAUCCUCGUCUACAAGGGCAUCGUCCGCGAAUUCCACAUGCAAGAUGAGGACGCCGGAAGGCCUCUGAGGAAGUUCCUGUGAGAGUUCCGUCAAAGGUUGUGUGCUUCCCUUUCUUCUGAAAUAAUAAUAGUAUUACUGAAGGCGAUGUCGUGAUGUUGGUCGUCAGAGUUCUGUACGAUUCAGAAACGCGGUUGCCUGAUCCGUCGUUAGUUACUCCAUCAUGUUCCAUAAUUCUGCUUGAGUUUGAUGUGUGAGAACCAUGACUUGUGGUAAAUCCAUGGUGUACUUGUGGUUUCCCUUUC